AAAAUACUUCAUGUACCUGUGUGGUUUUACAAUCAGUCACAUCCCUCUAGCUUGUGAAUAGUAUCGUGUGUCAGGUGGAGAUCAGUUUCCUGCAGCGUCAUCUGACACCCCUGAAAGACAACUUUCUGCCCUGAGUGAGUCAGCUGACCAAGCGCUCGGAUACAGUCGCACGUUGAGAUCCCGUCUGCCUCCAGUGUGGCAGCACAGUGGACAAGAUGACGUUCAUCGCCAAGACCUUCUACGAUCUGAGGGCCACCACGCUAGAGGGAGACUCGGUGGACUUCAAUGUGUUCAGGGGACGGGUGGUGCUCAUCGAGAAUGUGGCCUCGCUCUGAGGCACCACCACCCGGGACUUCAGCGAGCUCCACCAGCUGCAGAGCAAGUACCCCCAUCGGCUGGUGGUCCUGGGUUUUCCCUGCAAUCAGUUUGGAUACCAGGAGAACUGCUCCAACGGUGAGAUCCUGAACUCCCUGCAUCAUGUGCGUCCCGGCAGCGGCUUCACGCCCAACUUCACCAUCUUUGAGAAGUGCGAUGUCAACGGAACAAACACACAUCCGGUCUUUGCCUAUCUGAAAGACAAACUCCCCUAUCCUGAUGAUGACCCCACCACCCUCAUGCAGGAUCCCAAAUUUCUGGUUUGGAGUCCGAUCAGCAGGGCAGACGUAUCCUGGAACUUUGAGAAGUUCCUCAUCGGGCCAGAAGGAGAGCCCUUUAAAAGAUACAGCAAAAAGUUCCCCACCAUUGACAUAGAGCCUGACAUUCAAAGACUGUUAAGAUUAACUAAGAGCUAAGAAUAGCCUCUACCUCCUAAUGACUUUUCAUCCAUAACUGUCAGAGCUGGCACACUGUCUUCCACACUUUUAAGUCUUAGUACAUGAGGGUGAUAUUCUGAAAAUUUAAGGGAAUAUUGUCUGAGGCCUUAUAAGUGCUUAAAAGUAGUGGAUGAAUAAUUUCAUGUAUUUUCAAACUUUGUGGAAACAUAUUGUCAUAAAGAUAACAGGAGUUUUACAGUAUAGUUCAAGUUUAACCCUCCCGUUGUCCUCAUUUACGGGCACCAGAAAAUAUUGUUUCCUUGUCUGAAAAAGAUCCAAAAAUUCAACAAAAAAAAUCCCAAAAUUUCUGAAAAUUUGCAAAACCUUCAAGAAGAAAAUUCCAAGAAUUCCUUAAAAGUUUCCUUUAAGAAUUUUAUUGAAAAAUAAAUCCCCCAAAUUUUGGCAAGAAAAUUCUUAUAAAUAUUUUUCAAAAAAUGAGUAAAAAUUUUCCAAAAAAAUGAGUAAAAACGAUACCUAAAAUAAUUACAUAUAUAUCAGUAAAAUGUCUAAUAUUUUCUUUCAGAACAUUCACAAAAAAAUCAACCAAAUUUUGCUGGAUUUUGGUUGAUUUUUUUGUGAAUGUUCUUAAGAAACAUUUUUAACAUUUCUUUUUUCCCACCAAAAAAAUGUUCAAAAAUUUCCCAAAAAUGUUGAAAAUGUGGACAUCAGAAGUUUCACUGCGAAAAUGUUUGUUUUUUUCCCCCACAUUUUUAAACUUUAAAGCAGGUCAAUUUGACCUGCAGAACAACACGAGGGUUAAAUAAAUGGGAUGCACUUAAGCAAAAUGGUCACUUGGGUGUUUGCAUGUCCCUGCAUGUUCUUGUUCUGUGCUAGCAUGGCCAGCAGAUGGUGCAACUGAUUAAACGGUGCAGGCUGAUAACUUCUGUUAUGCUUUUAUUAAUUAACAUUCAUCACACACACUCUCACUAAAUGUUUGCGCUGGAAUAAAACCCUAAAAACUAAA